AUGGUUGUUAAGAUGCUGCACGCAAAAAUCAGCACGUUCAAAACUACGUAUAGUACUAGUGCAACACUGGACGUGCUAGUCAAACACGCGUCCAUAAAUUCUCAAGACUGCGAAAUUUCCCUAACUGACACACUACGUCUCACUCAAACCUCUCCAUUUUUCGCGCAGGCAGUAAAAUUGCCUGCUCGCAACUACAAGCUAGAAAUAUUCUAUGCUAGUACCGAAAUACAUGCACAUUUGGGAGAAGAUGCAGACAUACAGAGGAAAACAAGACCAGGAAAAAGAUGGUCAACACAUAUACGUCCGUUAUUGCAGCGCGCUUUAGCCUUUCUCUCUUUUCCUUUUUUAUCCAGUCUAGCGCCAUGUGCGUCACGUAAAACGCGUGUUGCGGCAUGA